CGUGACGUCUCCCAACGGCCGGCGCCGGGUGAUGACGUAACGGAUGUGGGAGGGGGUUGUUGGUGGUGCGGGGCGCUGCGGGGAUGGAGGAGAGGGAGCGGCUGUGGAGGAAGAUUCGGCUGCUGCAGGGUCUCAUCAAUGACCACAAGAACACACACGGGGAUGCGCCGCUGCCAUCCCAACCACCGAGGUGGAACCCCUCCCGGCAGCCUCCCUUCAGCAGGAGGGGGGCAUUUUUGGCCAGGUACCCUCAGCAAGCUCCAGCAAGGGAUUUCCAGCAGCGCCAAGGUCAUUCCUGGAGGAAAAAAUAUUCCCUUGUGAACCGGCCACCGGGAGCAACGUGUGAUGUUGGGAGCAGUGGAAGUGCCAGCACGUCUCAGGCUUUUGGAAGCUAUAGGGACAACCAGGCCUCUGAGCCACCAGAGUCAUCUCCAGAGAGACAUGUGGACCUAACCACUGAUGGUAACAUAGUUGUGGGGAUCCAGCUGCCCCACAGGGCUGCCCAGUUUGGAGAUUCCAAAGAGUUUCCUGAUGCUGGUUCUUGCUGCAAGCUGGAAAUGGUGGUCACAGCUUCAGGUGACAGGAAAAGGGUGCCAAAAUCUCCAUCUGUGAGCCAAAAUGAAGGGAGGAGACCUUCUCUCUCUGUUUCCUUCACUUCAUCUCACAGGUUUGUGAGUUCAGCCUAUGUGAGUGUGGCAGAUGAGCCCAGAAGAGUGCUUAUGGCUGGUGACAUGGCUGGGAGCUUCCCAGUUUCCUCUGGAAGCACCAGUGAAAGCGCCGUGACACUGAAAUCAGAACCUCAGCAGCCUCCAGUGUUGCCAGACCGUGACCCAGCUCAGUACUUGGUGUGGAAGAAGGCAGAGCCACCAGCUCCAGGGCAGUCCAGCUGUGAGCAAGACAGGGAUGCUUCCAGAGAGACAAAGCUCCUGGGAAGUGGUGAGCCUUGCUCCAGACCUACUGUGACUUCGGUGAUUGGGAUGACUCCAGUGAAGGGCAGGUUUUCCACAGUCUCCAAAGCUGUUGGUCACCUAAGAGCUGCCUCAACCCCCAUCUCCAGCAAAGCUCCAAAGUUCAGGAAAGCCAAUUACACAUGGGUUGCAAACCCUGGUAAAUGCUCUCGUGCUGUGAAGAGGUGGGCGAGCCCUAGAGCUUCAGAAGGUGCUAAGAGGGUCACUGGUGGAGCAGACAGAGGUGCUAAAGUGUCACCCAAAGCAGACUUGGGCGCAAAGGUGAAGAAAUCAGGACUUCAGGCCAAGCUGGGGGUCUCUCCCAGCAAAUACAAGUGGAAAGCCACCAGCUUGCAGACCUCACCCUCCACCUCCAAGUCAGCAUUCAGGUGGCGGUCAGAGGAUCAGCAGAAGCCUCCAGCCUCCAGCCUGCCUCUAGCCAGUGCUGUCUGCACACCUCUGAGUGCUGCAUCUGUUGGACUUGGUGGGGUGAAGUCCUCCUUUGGUGACACCACACUGUCCAGUUACAAAGUGAAGAGUCGGACCAAAAUCAUCAAGAGAAAAGGCAGCUUGGGCUUCCCAACAGAUAAGAAGAGCAGCUUCUCACCCACCACACCUCUGAGGAGCCACUUCCAUCUCAGGAAGAAGAACUCCUUGAGGGGCAAACCUUCUGUGACAUCAAAGCGUUCCUCACCCAGGGGCCUGGUGCACAUCACCAAACACAGGCUCUGCAGGCUGCCAGCCACCAGGAUGCAGGCCUCCACCAAGGAAGGAGCCAACUUGCACUUCCUCAGGAGCCCCCCCGCCAACAAGGUGAUAAAGACCCGCUACAGGAUAGUGAAGAAGAACGUGGUGCCUGCAACCUCAUCGCCUUUCAGCAGCCCCAUUCCCAACUGGAAGAUGAGGCGCCCCGUGACAUCCAGAUCCCCACUAUCAGUCCAAGCUCGCCCGUCAUCUCAUGGAGGCAAGUCCCAGCACGUGCAGCAGAGAUGGAGGAGCAAAGGCUACCGCUGCAUCGGCGGUGUGAUGUACCGCGUGUCGGCCAAUAAGCUCUCCAAGACUUCCAGCACCCCCAUCCGAGGCAGAGACCUGAGCACCAAGAGCCCUGGUAGAGCAGCAGGGAGGUUGCAGUGUACACCCGGUGCUGGCUUCUCUCCAUCCAGCUGCCUGAACAGAUCAGCCACGAGCCGAUACAUCGCCAGCCGUGCUGUUCAGCGGAGUUUGGCCAUCAUCCGUCAAGCCAAGCAGAAGAAAAAGAAGAAGGAAUACUGUAUGUACUACAACCGCUUCGGCAAGUGUAACCGGGGAGACAGCUGCCCCUACAUCCAUGAUCCAGACAAGGUGGCCGUCUGCACCAGGUUUCUCCGUGGCACUUGCAAGAAGACGGAUGGGACCUGUUCCUUUUCCCACAAGGUGUCCAAGGACAAGAUGCCGGUGUGCUCCUACUUCUUGAAGGGGAUCUGCAGCAACAGCAACUGCCCCUACAGCCAUGUCUACGUGUCCAGGAAGGCAGAAGUGUGCCAGGAUUUCCUCAAAGGCUAUUGUCCCAUGGGAGAAAAGUGCAAGAAGAAGCACACCUUGGUUUGCCCUGACUUUGCCAAGAACGGGCUUUGCCCCAAGGGUGCCCGGUGCAAGCUGCUGCACCCACAGAAGAGACGUCACCCAAGAGGAGAAGAUGGGGACCGCAGUGCCCCCCCCUCCAAGUGGAGACAGGUCUCAAAGGAGACAGGCAGGAAUGAUCCAGCUCAGCUCCACGAUGAUGGGGAAGUGCCCGGACCCUCUAGUGCGGAGAAAGAGGUGAAGUUUUGGAAGGAAGCAAACACCUCCCCAGCCAGCUGGCCACAGAAGCUGCCAUCCUUCAUCUCCCUCCAGUCCCCAGAAUCCCCCAGCAACCAGAGGUGCAAAGUGGAGGACGAGGAGGAGCCAGAGGAUGAGCCAGUCAGCACCAGAAGGAAGAGGACUUUGCUGCCAGUAUCCUUGGGGGACUCUGAAAACACCUGUCCAAAGGAGGGUGGCAGAGGCAAACGGCUGCAGAUCAAGCCCAGGCUGUGAACAAGAACCCAACCCAACAGCAUCCAACCAGCUCAGGAACCGCAGAGCCGGGCACGACCCGGCCCCUACCUCAGGACGCCGCGGCCGCACGCGGCACCUUCUUCUCCUCUUGCUCUUUGGGGACGUUGUCAUGGCAGGGAAUGGGGUGGCAGCACUGGGGCAGCAUCACCCCCCUUCCCCUGCAGCUUCAUUGGGAGUAUUGAAGUUGCCAAUAAAUGAUCCAGUUUAGUGAAGAUGAAA